CAUGCAUCGGUGCUCCGGGGCUCAGCUUCCGCCCGCCCGCCGUGGCUUCUCCUUCUGCCCCUGAACAGCAUCUGCUGAAGGAGCCUGUCUCGGGGCCGGGCCAAGUGCCUCCUAACGCAGAGAUGCUCCUGUCGCUGCUCUUAGCCUGGCUGUGGGACGGGUCUCGGGCUCAGGCUCCAGGAUUCCACCUGCAAGUGCAGGAGUUGGUGACGGUGCAGGAGGGCCUGUGUGUGUCUGUGCCCUGCAGCGUCUCCUACCCCCAAUUUGGCUGGACUGACUCUACUCCAGCUCACGGCUACUGGUUCGAAGAGAGGACCCACUCGGGCACUGGUUCUCCUGUGGCCACAAACGACCAGAAUCGACAGGUGAAAACGAGGACCCAGGGCCGAUUCCAGCUCGUGGGCAGUCCCCAGAACCAGGACUGCUCCCUGGUCAUCAGAGAUGCACAGAGAGAGGACAGCGCGGCAUACUUCUUUCGGAUAGAGAGAGGCAUUUAUGUGCAAUUCAAUUUUUUGCAAAACAAAUUCUAUCUGGAAGUGACAGCCCUGACACAGAAGCCAGAUGUCUACGUCCCCAAGACCCUGGAGCCAGGGCGUCAGGUGGCACUCAUCUGUGUGUUUAACCCAGCCUCUGAGGAAUGCCUAGUCCCUACUUUCUCCUGGAAGGGGGCUGCCCUCUCCUCCCAAGAGACCAGUCCAAGAACCUCCCGCUUCUCAGUGCUCACCCUCACACCGAGACCCCAGGACCACAACACUGACCUCACCUGUCGAGUGGACUUCUCCCGAAAGGGUGUGAGUGCAGAGAGAACCGUCCGACUGAAUGUGGCCUAUGCCCCCAGAAACCUGGUUAUCAGCAUUUCCCAGGCCAACGCAUCAGCCCUGAAGCCCCAAGGAAAUACCCUGUAUCUGGAAGCCCAGAAAGGCCAGUUCCUGCGGCUGCUGUGUGCUGCUGACAGCGAGCCCCCCGCCACACUGAGCUGGGCCCGGGACGACCAAGUCCUUUCUUGGUCCCACCCCUCAGGCUCCAGAACGCUGGAGCUGGUGAUGCCCAGGGUGAAGCCUGAGGAUGCCGGGCGCUACAGCUGCCGAGCGGAGAACGGGCUGGGCUCCCAGAGCCGCAGCCUGCACCUCUCUGUGCAGUAUGCCCCAGAGAACCUGAGAGUGCUGGUCUCCUACGCAAACAGGACAGUCCUAGAAAGCUUCGGGAAUGGCACGUCCCUCCCGGUCCUGGUGGGCCAAAGCCUGCGUCUGCUCUGUGUCACCCAUAGCAACCCCCCAGCUGGGCUGAGCUGGGCCUGGGGGGGACAGACUCUGAGCCCCUCCCAGUCCUCAGACCCUGGGGUCCUGGAGCUGCCUCAGAUCCAAAUGGAGCAUGAAGGCGAAUUCACCUGCCGAGCUCAGAACCAGCUGGGCUCCCAGCACUUCUCUCUGAGCCUCUGUGUGCACUACCCGCCACAGCUGCUCAGACCUUCCUGCUCCUGGGAGGACGAGGGUCUGCACUGUGGCUGCUCAUCCCGAGCCCAGCCGGCCCCCUCCCUGCGCUGGCGGCUGGGGGAGCGUCUGCUGGAGGGGAACAGCAGCAACGCCUCCUUCAUCAUCACCUCCAGCUCCUCUGGGCCCUGGGCCAACAGCUCCCUGAGUCUCAGCAAGGGGCUCAGCUCUGGCCUCAGAGUCAGUUGCGAGGCCACGAACGUCCACGGGGCCCAGAGAGCCACUGUCCUGCUGCUGCCAGAUAAGAAGGGGCUCAUCUCCAAAGCAUUCUCCCAUGGAGUAUUUCUGGGAAUUGGCGUCACGGCCCUCCUUUUCCUGUGCGUCAUCCCCAUCAUGGUGAAGACUCUGAGGAGGAAAUGGACCCCGGCAGGGACUCGGCCCCAGGCAGAGGCUCAGACCCCGGCAGAGGCUCCAACCCAGGCGGAGGCUCGCAGGUUCAGGGCCUCGCGGAGGAGCACCAUCCUGGAUUACAUCAAUGUGGUCCCUAACGCUGCUGCCCUGGCUCGGAAUCGCAAGGACAAACCAAGCAGUCCUUCCCGGCCCCCACCUCCAGAUGCUCACUGCCCGGAGCCCAGGAAGAAGCAGAAGGAGCUGCGUUUUGUUUCCCACGGUGGUCCAGGACCCAAAUCAGCCACUCAAGCUCCAGAAUCGGAGAACGACCAAAAGGAGCCCCACUAUGCUGCCCUCAGCUUCCCAGGCUUCAGACCGUGGGAGCCCCGGGUGCCCAAAGACACCCGCUGGGAGUAUGCGGAAGUCAAGUUCCACUGAGGAACUGGGGCUCACAUCCGGGCUAGGGAGAAAGGCAGGGCGAUAAGGAUGAGGGAAAGAGUGCCAAAGCUCUCGCUUUCUUUUUAAAAAAUCCCUCCAAGGAUGGUUCAUCCCAUCCCAGACCUGAGCAUCUGGCACAGCUCGAUGAGUCUCUCUAGAGUGGCCUUCUCCGAAUGCACUCUUCUGAGAAGCAAGGAAAAGCUCUUCCUCUGACCUACCGAGGUACCACCCUAGCCGAUUACUCACAAUCUCACAGCUUCUCAAAGGUGUGAGGGCCUUUAAAGAUGUUUAAGCAGUCAUCUGUGCGGUCAGCAAGCUAACCUCACGGGUCAGGGUCAAGCCUGGCCCCAUGCCUAUUUUCGUACUACCCGUGAACUAAAAAACUUUUUACAUUUGAAAUACUUGGGGGCAGGGGAGGGGAAUCAAAAGCAGAAGACUGCUUUGUGACUCGUGGAAAGGAUACGAGAUUCAA